AGAUAUUUGAGUUAUCUCUCCCCUUUCUCUCUCUAAGCGUGAAUGCAUAAUAAUAUUUUUAUCUGAAAUCAACAACAGCAACAAAAAUUCCUUUCUUUGAUAUCACUUCACUGUUUCUUGGAUCACAAAGUUCUGAUUGUGGGGUGAGUUUGAAGAUUGGAUCAGCGUGGUUCAUAGACAAGCUUAGGGUUUAGAGAGUUUUUUUGUUAAGGGUUUUUAGUUUUAGAUUUUGAAUGUUUAGGUGAAGGUUGUUGAAUGGGGACGCAGACAAUGGGAUCUCAAGGUGAUGGCAGUAGUCAUCAUGUGCAAUCUCAGUUCCAGCCAUUGGUGCGGCAAAACUCAAUGUACAGUCUUACUCUUGACGAGGUUCAAAAUCAGUUGGGUGACUUGGGGAAACCCCUAAGCAGCAUGAAUCUUGAUGAACUUCUAAAAAAUGUGUGGACGGUGGAGGCUGCCCAGACUACAGCUUUGGAAGUGGAGGGCACACCAUUAGCCAAUCAAACUGCUCUGCAACGCCAGGCAAGCCUAUCAUUAACUAGUGCUCUGAGCAAGAAGACAGUUGAUGAGGUUUGGAAAGACAUCCAACAAAGCAAACGUGAUGAGGAGAUGAAGUCUAAGGAGCGGCAGCCUACUUUUGGAGAGAUGACGUUGGAGGAUUUCUUGGUAAAAGCAGGAGUUGUAGCUGAAGCAUCCGUGGACAAGAAAGAUGAUGGUGGUUCUGUUGUUUUGGUUGAUACAAAUGCAGCACAACAGUUUCUGCAACAAAGUCAAUGGGUGCAAUGCCCACCACAACCACAGUAUCAACAUCCACAACAAAGCAUGGUGGAGGUUUAUAUGCCAGGCCAGCCUAUGCCACAGCCACUUCACAUGGGUUCUGGUUCUAUGAUGGAUGUUUCAUACCCCAAAAACCAGGUGCCGUUACCUCCACCCUUGAUGGGGACUUUAUCAGAUACACAGACACUAGCAAGAAAAAGAGCCGUGCCAAAUAUGUUUGAGAAAACAGUUGAGAGGAGGCAGAAGAGGAUGAUAAAGAACCGUGAAUCUGCCGCCCGUUCACGGGCACGGAAGCAGGCUUACACAAACGAGCUGGAGAACAAAGUUUCUCGGCUGGAAGAGGAAAAUGGAAGACUGAGGAAACUAAGGGAGCUUGAGAAUAUGUUGCCAUGUAUCCCUGAACCCAAGUAUCAGCUUCGCAGAACGACAUCAGCCCCAUUCUAGCAAAUGAAACGACAGUGUUGAAGUUUUGUAGAUACAAUGCAUUUCUAGUUUGAGCUCAUAAUUUACUCUUUGACCUCUUAAGAAGCAGCUGUUUGUCACGGCUACUGCUGUGAGUUUGCUUCUCAUCAUCAUCCUGUAUCUAUUCUGUGAAAAGUUAGCUAGAAAUUUCCAAUUGUAAUUUUCAAUGUCCGAGUGUCCUAAGAUUUUUCAAAAGAAUGGCCAAUAUAUUUUUCUAGCUUCUUUCAGCCUGACA